GAAUWGCAGCUAAAAAGACAUCGUUGCAUUACUAUAGAAUUUGAACAAGGAKAUUCAUAAAUGAGGCCGAGAUUAAAGAUAUCCUAUAUUCGAAAAGGSAGAGACCUCGUGUCCGGGUGUCGGUCGUCUUCGACCUUCCAUUUUUCGCAAACGAGCUUGAUGCCACAAUCGGCGUCGACAAUUACUUCAAGAUCCUCCUUCAAUGGUUCCCGGAUAGAUAGGYCAUCGGCACAUAGCGAGAUAUUAYCUCUUUUGUCGGUCCGUAAUUMUUUUACUACUUGUCCUGUGACAGCAUCCGAGGACGAAGAUGAUUUUCAUAGCGAAAUCUCUGCUGGUAUGAAUGAAGCGGCCCAAAUCCUUUACCCUGACRAAGAAAUCAAGGAYGUUAAURGUGAUGCCAAGAAUCGGAUCUGGAUGGACCCUGAUUCGCCACUUGAACAACGUGUCGGUCGUUUCAUCAACCAACCACUGGGAUCUAUGCAUCACCUCGACAUUAAGCUCACAUCUAUAGAUUUGAUCAAGGCCUGCGGAAAACAGAACUCCUUCGAGGGAAUGAAGAACGCCCAGGAAAUUCUUGAUCGGCUGAUUGAAGAGAAAAAGUACGUCAACGAGUCGUCCGACGACGCUUGGCCUCUCGUUAUCGUCCCYGAUCGUCCAUUCAAAAUGGUGAUGUACGGAUGGUCAAACAUGUGCAAAAAAGUAAAAAUCGCACCGCAGAGAAUACGAGAGGUCCUCGAUCUGAUGAUCGAAGAAGCGGACUAUGACAAAAGAUUGAGACAAAAGGUCAGCAGUGGUCGAAUUAAGAAUGAUAACGAAUAUGAUGAAAGAGAUAGCGAGGGCGAGGGCGACGGUGACGGUGUCAGUUACGACAACACACAGGAUGAUGUGUUCGAGGGAUUAUCUUGUGAGCCAACGGUUGAUAUAUACAAUACACUCCUUCAGGGACUUUCGCAAGCUGCAUCGCGGUCCAUCCAAGCAGCAAUCGAAGCAGAACAUGUAUUGAAAAUAAUGGAUAAAGCGUAUCGAAAUCGGGGAUGGCACACCAAACCAAAUACGCGUAGCUAUUCCCUAGUUUUGAAYGCAUAURCAAAGUCUCGACAUGCCACUGCUGGAGAUCGCGCCGAAUCUUUGCUUGGAGACAUGAUAGCACGACACGAACUGGAAAAGGAUGAAUAUUUGGAAGAAUACGGGGUUCAAUACAACAUCUUUGAACCAGAGACCAACCGUAGAAACAUWGUUACGCCCGAUGCGAUUGCGUAUACCACGGUAAUUCAAGCCCAUGUCAACAGCGAAUCGACUGAAUCAGCGAACAGGUCAUUGAAUCUUUUGGAAGAAAUGAUCAAUUCCGACAGUCCUUUGUUGGAACCUGACCCAUUUGCGUUCUCGAGCACAAUCAAUGCUUUCUCUAAAAUGGCAACCCGAAAGAAAUCCCCCAAGGACAGAKUCGAAGCAGCAGAGUGCGCCGAAGACAUCCUUUGGAUGAUGGUGGACGAGAUGAAGAACAACGCAGAAUCCAGCAAACUUACCGGGAGUAUAGUUCCAUUCAAUGCUUGUCUGAAUGCAUGGGCCCAGAGUUUUACAUCCGAAUCGCCAAACCGUGCCGAUGAUUUGCUACAUCGUAUGAUGGAUCCCGAAUUGCAAGCAUUAGCGGACAUUUAUCCAAACACGGUUUCAUUCAACACUUGCAUGCAAGCAUGGGCCAAGGCCUGUAAAUUUGAAGAUUCUGCAACUCCAGAGAAGGCUGAAGAGCUCCUGAAUUUGCUCAUAGAAUUAUCGAAGGAAAAUGGGAAUAAUCCACACUCCGAGAAGAGAUGGGAGCUAGGACCCGAUCUUCGAUCCUACGUCAUCGUAAUGAAUGCAUAUGCAUUAUCCCGACACGAGGAUAGUGUUUUUCACGCUCGUCGGUUGUUGUCGGAUCUCAUUGAAGGACGAGGGAAAUAUUUUGACACUGGUAGAAAUGACAAGAUGAAUGCUUCYCCUUUUACAAUAAUACUAAAGGCUGCAGGAAACACCAAAGCAACSGACUUUAGCUCAGACAAUUCAGAGGCGGAAGAAGACGCUUUUGGCUCACUUGGUGAUACAGAACAACAAAGCUCUCUAUUGCUAGAUCCUUACUCGAUUGCUCUAAAGACAUAUACUGAGCUACUGAAAGACACCUACGAUCUUGGCGUCAGCGCCGACCAUUUUGCCUUUGCCGAAAUGUUGGCCGUGGUUGAAAAGCACACAGCAGUCGAAUCCAUCGAGCGCCGACAGCGAAUCGAAGAAAUCUUUGGCGAUGCCUGUCAGGCUGGCCAGGUGAGUUCUCUGGUGGUCCGUGCAGUGCAAAAAGCUUGUCCUAACGAUACCAUGCUACGAGAAGUUCUCCGAAUACGGGCGAAUGACUCGGUAGCGUCGAUUGAAAGCAUCAACACAUUCCCUAGACAAUGGACGGCAAGCGUGCCGCAAGAGUUUCGUCGGGUCAACAGUCGCAAUGAGCAUUUUCGGAAGCAGUCAAAGUUCUUUCGCGCGAACAAGCAGAGGCGGAAGAAGAAUCACGGCAAAAAAAAUCGUUUGGUACGACUUCCAGAGCAACAUAACAAAGAUUAUAGAUAGUUAUCACCUCCAYCUAGAUAUCAYAAGGUGCAAUUUUCAACAUCUUAUCAAUACAUUGCAAUAUCCUGAGCGUAUCCAGCAAUGGGUCAUCAUAAGUGGUUGCUGUGAAUCAGCUGGUCUACGUGACUUUGUUGCGUGCAUCUGGCGCAGCUUGUUUUAAAGUCCUAACACUGCGGUGUGCCACAACGUCCCAGUUCAUUUUUGUCUUGGUGACUGGUAGGACCCGACGAAUCGAUUUCAUAUGAUSGCUAGAAAUGGAGUCAUUCAUGGAUUCUAGAAUCCCUAAUAUGAUUGUUUCCCAUUUCAUGAUUUGCUUAACCAUGCCAGUCACCAAGGAUGGUUCCUCRGCUUCUUUAAGGGCAGUCUUGCCCACCAGAACUGCGGGGAAUACCUUGUCGAUUUUCAGCUGGACGUUCCCAUCUUCAUAAGCGGACGAAUGAACAGCAACCUGCCCAGAUAUUUCUCCCGUAUCCGACUGAACGUUUCCGAUCGUCCAUGUAGCCUUCCAGUGAGCAGAGUAUUGAUUUGGCGCAUCGAAUUUCUCGGCGUAUGUGUGCACGAGAAGUAGGUCGCCGUCUCCCUUUGUCAUGGCUAAACGUGCCGACACGCCUGGUUUGCUCAAAAAGUUGUCCUUCUGGUAUUGUUCGAUUUUUUCGUGCAAUGGCUUCGCGAAAGGGUGCUGGUCCAGGUCAUUCGCGUGUAUAUCUAUGCAUUGAAAAUCCUUCACUUCCUUUUGCACAUCGGCAAUCCAAUCGCUACUAGCCGAAAGAGCCCGCACGCUCUCGGCUACGGCAUCUGAUUGUCCCGGGGCGGCCRCCCUUACAAUGAAUUUAGCGGCUUCUU